ACUUAUUACCCUACCUACCUCCAUUUGAAAAUUUUCAAAACUCUCCACUGUCCACUCUCCAUUCUCCAUUUCCGAACUCCUUGAAGAAAGAUGAAACCUCGAGGAGCCGCAUCACGACUUCAGUCAACGGAGAGAGAAUCUCUCCGACCACCACCACCAUCAACACCUCAAUUCGGGCGCGACUCCGACGCCAGUCUCUGCAGCAGCCGUCCUUCCUCAUCCUCCUUCGGCCUCACCACCACCACCAACUCCCGCCACCACACCGACAAACAAUCCAUGGUACGCUCCAUCAACGCCUACCUUUCUUCGCACAACAUCUCACUUUCUCUCUCCUUCAAACCCUUACCUUCCGCCAAAGUCGUCACUGACAUUCUCCGAUUUCUCCUCUCUCGCUUCGGUUUCUCCGGCAAUUCUUCUGGAAUUAAGGGGAAUAAUAAUAGUACUCUUGAUGAUGAUCUUUUUCUGCUCUUGAAAUACCUAAAUUGCCCUCAUAAGAUCAAUAAAUCUGCGCUUCGUGCCCCUGCUGCUCCUCAUGCUUUCCCGCAGAUGCUUGCUGUUAUUUAUUGGCUUGUUCAGCUUGCUGAUUACCUUGAUCAUCUUCAUUCCGAAGAUAAAACCGACAGGUUUUCGUUUAUGAAGGAUGCUCUUAUGGUUUAUGCUGUGGAUAGUUACUUGCCGUAUAUGAGUGGUGAUGAUGAGGCUGUUGAGUUGUUGGAUAGAGAAUUUUCGGAGAAGAUGGAGAGGGAAAAGGCUUCAUUGGAAGCUAAUUUGAAGUCGCUUGAUGAUGAAGGGAAGUUACUGGAGUCGGAGCUUGAAAAGUUGAAAACCAAACCUUCUGAGAGGGAGAUGUAUGAGAGUCGGUUUAAGGAUCUUGAACGUGAUUUGCAGAAGUUCCAAGGCUAUGUUGACUCUCUCCAGGAUUCAAAUUCCAUCACUCAGAAGUCGCUGGAAGAGAAGGGGAAGGAGCUGGCUGCUAAGGUUGAGGAAAUCAGGCGAACACAGGAGGAGAAUGAGGAGCUCAAGAAGAGGGUUGAGGCUCAAGGAAUGAACAUGAGGGAUGCUGAGAGGAUGAAAAGGGAACUGCAGGCUGUGGAAAGGGAGAUAAGUGAGGCCGAGGCCAGUAGAAGCUCCUGGGAAGAGAAGUCUUGGGAUCUUGAUGCGCUCAUUGGCCAGAAGUUAAAGGAACUCGAGAACCUUUCAGUGGAGUGCAACCAGGCUCUGAGAAGACUUAAGCUUCAAGGCGAUUUUCAGUAUCUGUUAGAUGCUAAAGGGUCCACUCCUGCUGAAGUCUUGGGCAUAAACUAUAAAUCUACACUUAAGCCUGCAAUCAGCUUGUUGGCUGAUGAGAUCAAGCAAAGUACUACUGCAAAGUUAGAGGAGUUUAUUGCUCUUCAGGAACAGUCUAAGGAAUUGACUACCAGGAUUGAAGCAAAGAGAAACCGUCUCAAGGCCCUCCAGUUGCAUAUUGAUGAAAGCGAACAACAGUUUGAGGUAACAAGGAACCAAAUAGAGGAAUACACAUCCUGGUGCACAAAUGAAGCUCAAAGGAUUAGAGCUGAGAUGGAGGAAGAAGCACAUAACAUUGAUAAUAUGGAGAAAGAAGCAGCUGACACCUUGAGGGAUGCCGAGUUGAAGCUGCAGGAAGAAAUAAGGCUAAGUGAGCAAGAAACACAACUCUGUGCAUAUGAGCUAUUUGCGAUGAUCGAUUUGGUUUCCAGGUGCAAGGAGUAUACGGAGAAGAAGAUUUCAGACAUGAAAAGGGAUCUCCUUGAAAACGUAGAAUCUAUAUCGAAUGCCUAUAAGAACACCUUGCUUCCCCGGCUUCAAUGAUGCUGUUUGAGUUGAACAGUUUCUUUUAAUUGAAGCUGCAGGAAAAGAAUAGACCAAGGAAGCAGUCAUCUUCCUGAAUUGAUCUUCGUCUGCUGCUGCUCUUUUGGGUCCUGUAAAUAUAACUGUAGUUGUUGCUUGGUUUUUAAUGUUUUUUGUGGAUAUUAUGUACGUUUGUACUGUACUUUUGAAGCCUUAGGGAUGUUGUAAUAUAUUUAGCUUUUAUGUGUUAGAAAAGAAGCUGCAGGAAGAAGAUUUGUUGAACUAAUAUAGAUCAGUAAAUUAAACCAAAGUUGUGUUUAUUGGAUGCUAGAUGUUAUGCAAAUCACAUGAUUUUACUCA